GUUAUGAUUCUGCGUUCAAUAUUUGGAUGUUCCACGAUUCCGAUAUGGGCUUUCGGGAAUAUUAGAUCGAAGAUGCAAAGGAAGUGAUGUACACAAUACCAUUGCACUUGUGGCCAAAAAUCAACAACUUGUUAUUUACAGAGGGAAUACAUGUCUCCCCCCAUCGACGAUUGUGCUCUUAAUGUCUCUCCCUUCCAUUCAGACUGUCCGUACAGUAUCGCUCCAGGCUAGGCACGACUCAAGACAUUAGAUUUCAAAUAUAAAAGCCCUUCUUCCAUCCAGCACAACCCGUGGCUUCAACUAUCACCAACAGCUAGGAAAAUUUAAUUGAUAUUCGAUUUUCCGAUAAAUCACUUAAACCACACUUCGUCCGAAGCUAAAAUGCAACUUACCGCCAUCUACAGCCUCGCCAUCCUGGCAUUUACCCAAUCCCGAGUCCUAGCCAUCGCUCUCCCCGAGCCGCUUAACGUGGUGAUCAACAUCGAGGUAUGUGCUCCUCCCCAUUCAUCUUUCUCUUCUUCCCCUUCUUUCCAUUCCCCCCUUUCGUCCCUGUUCCUGCCUCUUCCACUUUCCUUACCUUUCUCUUCAUGUCUCCUUCUCGAUCCCCAUCAUAAAAUGUACCAGCACAUUGGAAUCAACGUCACAAGGAACUAAACAUCCAGCAGGACUCGAACCUCGCCCCCGCCCGCGCUCAUCACCUCUCUUCCCGUCUCAGGAACGAGCCUGUACACGCUCAGUGCUACUCUGCUGGCUGUAAGUACAAGGAUUCCCUUCUGUCUCGUCCCAUCCUAUCCACUCACCAACCCAACUCUACCCUUUCACUCCCUCCCCAUCCCCAUCCCCAUCCCCAUCUCUCACUCUCACUCUCACUCUCCCGUAUCCAAAGCAAAGCUUUUUGCCCAUCCAUCCAUCCAUCCCUCAUCCAGCCACACAGAUACCAAAGACUGCAUACCGGAGACUAAUACGCGAUAACAGCCGAUUGUUUCCAAGAUAAGGCGUGCUGCUGGAAUUGGUGUAAGUGGGAAUUUGGUAGCUUCCCGGGGACGUGUCAGGGUCAGUUUAAGCCGGGGUCUAUUGAGGAGGCGGGAUUUGUUGGGGGUAAUAGGGGAGGAAAGGGAUUCUGAUUUUCUGAGUUCAGAGUAUGGGCAGCCUGGGAAUAGGAAGGUAGUUGUGAGGGUGAGGACUUGGAAAAUCGCUUGUUUGGGGUUGUGUUUUGGGUUUGGUGAGCUGUGAGGUGGGAAGUGGUGUGAAGGGAAUCUGCGGAUUUAAUUACACCUUUUCUCUAUUUCAUCUGGGAGUUUGUGUCUGCCGUUUCUGUGUUGUUUUUCUCCUCAAGUCAAGUCCCCAUUAGGAUCCCAAGCAAACCAAACAAUAACAGUGAAUGUUAAGCGAGCCCAUUAGAUUUAGUCCCAAAGGUUCUCAAUCAGUAAGUGAUUGAGGGAAUAAUAACAGCCCCUCAUUGCCUCCUCUUGGAAGGUAGGGUAAGUAAGCAAGAGCGGGGUCAAGAGUCAACGACGGCAGGACAAUAUGUCGAACUUUCUCAGCUCUUGGCGCUAAUAUGUAAUAAUCUUCCCAGCUUCCGGAGAAAGUGCCGCAGAUUUGGCAGAUUCAGCUGAUGGGCUGAGGCUUAGACGUUUUCACAUGCUGCUUACGUUGCGCUAAAUCAUCAUAAUAUGAUCGUAGCAUUCAGCCGGAGAUAUCCCAGACUCUGACUCUCACUCCGGCUUCCGCGUACUCGUCACUAGCUUCCGCACUUGCUGAAAAGCUUACUUACAUAGAUCAAUUCUUCGAACGAAAGCGAGAGCGUGGGAUGCUUAUAAGGAAAGGGAUAGGAUUCCAGCUUUCCAGGAGUGACGGAGUGAGGAAUCAUUCAGACAUAUAAAUAAAUAUCUGGCAUCGUGGGGUCCAAAUGCAUCCCAUCGCAUCGGAAUGGUUCCCGAACCGACGGCAGUCAGCUUCCCAGCGCGGCACAGCUCUCACCUGUAAUGUAGCCGCCGUGAGAAGACAAGCAUAUUCUCCUCAGCCCUAUGAUACGCGUCGAGCGAGGAGCAUGGUGCGAUGAUGUGUUAUGAUUCCCGCCGACCGACAUAUGACCUUCCAACUUAAACUUAAAUACGAAAGUUGACGAGCUGGGGCUCAGAUAAGGUUCGGGGUACAGCUUCGACCGCGAUUGAGGCCGUGCUAUCCAUGCUUUGUUGUCUUGUACUGAGGGAGGCAAGGGACUGGAAAUGUAGAGGAUGUGUUUCAGGAGGGUGUGGAGUUUUGCUUUUGCAAGUUCCUUUCUUGAUGGGUUGCUUACUGACGGAAUUGCAUCAGCCACUUUUGCUGUGGUAAGGCUGCGUAGUGGCGCAGUUGACUUGUGAGGAUGAAUGAGUUUGUUAGGAUUCGAGGCGUUCUUUGAUGAUGGUGUGAUGUGCUUGAUAGACAAAAGUAGGGCAAUGCAUACAGAAGAGAUAGAGUGAAGGAAGACACCAAAGAGAUACAGCAAUACAACAUUUUCUGUUCAUAUGUAGAAAAUAAGCAGAAGUCCAGCUCAUGAUAUCGUAAAGUGCUCGUAAAACAAAACAACCAAUCAAGCAGCUCGAGCUUGCGACACACGCUGCGUGCUGCUCAGCCCAGUCACAAUUAUCCCCCCGGCAUCAUUCUGGACCCGUCAGAGCGGACUGGCUGCAACUUGCAGCAGAGAUAGAAGUGUGUGCCUCGUUGACCUUGACCUUGACCUUGACCUCGUCCCAAUUCCCAAGAAACAAAACACUCCGUCUUGUAUCCACAUUCUGCUGUCUGACAUGACCUGCCCGAAACAACCUUGCCUUGCCUCGCCUCGCGUUACUUCGUUAAUUCCGUAGAAAAAGCACAGCAGAAACGACAGGACACAACAUUAUACUCCGUAUCAAGACCGGCAUUCAAUUCUGCCCAACAACACUCAAGCGUGGGCGUUGAGAUAUCACCCGCCAGACUAUUGAAUUGACAGAGCUCGCCUCGCUGUAAGUUAUUGUCUUACAUUUACUCGGCAGUCUUGUCUGCUGGCUGCCUGUUGCCGCCGCCCUACCACUUCAGCAGAGCUAAGUCCCGUCUUUAUCGCACCCAGAGCCUCUGCUCGUAACCUUACUCCACCAGACAGUCAGACAGAGCAGACCAGCGCAGCGAAACUCCCGACCGGAACAGGAACGCGGGCGGGACGUCAGAUCACCCAUCCCAUCCAGCCCAGACCACCACGUCAAAUCAACACAUGCUUACGAACUGCAUCGAGGACGACAAAACUUCCACGACACGACACGACACUGCACAUCAUCCAGCCUCGACUGCGCAAGUGCCGCACAUCUACGAGCUGCUAGCAGUAACAAAUAAUACUUACGAUCGCUAAGGCUCUCUCGAGAGCAGCUACUGGGACGAGCGGAUGGGGUCGCACUCGAAGCUGGCUUUUUGAAUUGCCUCAACCCAACUCGACCACACAGCCUGCCUGCGCACCGCGCUCACCAAUGCAGCAAGACCUUUUCUCAAUUCCCGACGCUUGGCCAAGAGCCAUCGAUUGCAAGUCGUCGUCUUAGACCGUCAAGCUCGGCCUCUGCAUUAAUUCGAGCAUCCAAACGUUCGUUGAGCUACAUUGGCAUUUGCGCCGAGUCUUUCAGCCGCGACAAUGUCUUUUCGAUCUAACGGUCAACGACGAUACGGCCAUGUGCCUCCUGCGCAGUACGGACCGGGAGGUGCGCAGGACUCGAACUCUUUAUCUGGCCUACACAGACAAUCGAGUUUCGAUAACGGGGAUGAUGCGGCCUUUCUCGACCACAACGGGAACAGAUAUCAGGGAGGAGCACCAUCGGCGCAUGUCAGGACACAGGAAGAACUGUUCAUGAACAGCCCGAGCUCACAGACUCCUCACUCUCCAGGACGAAGUUCAUUUGGGAGUUCUACUCCAGCGUUGUCGGGAUAUCAGCAUCAGUAUCAGCCUUUCCCAUCAGCUCAAUCUCCCCCACAGGUCUCCUACAACCCUCAGCAUUUUGCUAGGACACAAUCACACUCCCAACCGACGCCGCAGUAUCGCCCACAGGCUGCCUAUGCUCCUGCUCCUACUCCACCAACUGCUCAUCAACCCUAUAAUCCAGCUCUGUACCAAGCUCCUCAAGCUUCUUCCCAGCCAAUGCGCCAAGGCACGGUCUCGGGAUACAACAACUAUGCGCCUUCGUACAAUUCUCCUGCUCUGCCACAACCUCCACAGACGCCUACAUACUGGCCUUCGCCCCAAAAUCAGCAGCAAUUUGCCCCACCAGUGCCUAGUCGACCAGAUCGUCAAUACGAGCAGCCUCUGGCCAGUCCUACUUACACUCCAUCUAAUUCAGCUCCUCUACCUCCUAGGCAAUCUCUCUACAACCCUCCUCCUUCUGCUCCUUAUCCGACGAAUGGCGGAGAGUACACCCCAAGUGACUACAGGCCUGCCUCCUCGAGUCAGGCUACGGCUCAAUUUCCGGAUUAUGGAAAUUAUGGUCGAGCGCAUUCAUCUUCUCAAGGAUCCUACGACGACCAAUCUUUUGCGAAUCGUACGAAACGUUCUUCGAGUCAUUCGACAGGAAUACAGCCGCCAGUCUUGUCGCAAAGUGGACAGCCAACAGCUGGUCUAGGACUUCAGAGACAUCCCACUUUGAGACCUCUGCCGAGUGCGCCAGUCGAGGACGAUACGGGCGAUGACGAUGAUUGGGGAAUACAUAAUACGGAUAAUGGUGUUUCGCAGGAGCAGCUUUUCGCAGAUAUCGGAGAUGCCCUGGGAACGUCAGGAUCGAGGCAUGGCAGACCACAAGGAUUGGAUGCGAGAAAUGGGGAUCUUCUGGAUAGCGAGCUGCAAGAUCUCCAUCGAUAUGACUCCAGGGCUACUACGAUUGCGACUACCGGUAUUGAUAGACAUGCGUCUACGGCUACGACCGCGAACAACAAUUAUGACCAGAAUUACGACGAUUUCGGAGAGGAUGACUACGAGAGUGAUGCUGAAGCUGCUGCUGGACUGGAAGCUAUGAAACAAGCGGACGAAAUGGACCGUAUUGCUGGUGCUGUCGGUGGUAUGGGAUUUGGUAUCUACGAGUCACAGCCUCAGCAGCAAUUAUCGCAGGAUGAGAGUAGCGAUAGCGACUAUAAGCACAUGGACUUGGGCCUGGUGGGAGGUGGAUAUGAUGCCCAUAUGUCUUAUGGCGAUGAUAUGAAUACAGGACAUAGCAGUGAAAUGGACGACCAGAGUCGACCAUUACCGAGCGACCACGACCUAGGAAGAUCUAACAGCUAUACCAAUACCAGAGUGCCAGCGGCUGGACUCGGAGGAAUGACUGACUACUCUAUUCCUGGUGUUGGGGAUAUCCAUCCUUUCCCGGCAUUCGAAGCUGCAAGAGUCGAUACUUCUGGGACUGGUGGCUUACAGCGACCUACUUCACAAUCUCAUAGAUUGAGUUUUGAUGAAGGGGAUGAGCAAGUCUCUUUACACUCGCGUCUAUCUGAUUCGAGGCUCAGUGGAAGAUCCGGAAGCGAGAGUCCGUCUCGUGAUGACAUGCCGGAGUUGUUUUAUCACCCAGGAAUGAGCUCUUCUCCAUACAACCGACCUCUCCCAGCAGUCCCACCAUUGUCCGAGAACAGAACCCCCCAACUCCUGCCAGCUGGGUCAUACCGUCAAACCCACCAGCACUCUCAUUCGUACUCAUCGAGUACCGAGAAUGCCAGAAGCUUCUACACGCCUGCUGGUCCAGACGCAUAUCCUCCAGCAAAUAUGCUAUCCCCUGGUGGCCAGUAUGUACCAAGAUCUACCUCUCUAUCGAGUCACAGCAGUACGCCGCAGACUGUUCCUCCUGUCAGAUCCAAGACAGAUGCAGAGGAGAGGCAAGCGAGACAAAAGGCGGCUAGACUAGGAGGAAGGCAACCCAGUGGUCUGGAUGGUUAUGAUGUUGGCGCAACUCCCCAGUCAUCGAUGACCCUAGAUCUUCCUGCAUUACCUGCCGGCGGACGACGGAAGAAGUUCUCUCCAUCGCGGUUGUCGACCAGUGAGUAUGCCAAAUGUCAGGAACCGUGGGCUUUGAGCGGUAUUGCUGCUUGGAUUCGAGAAUUGGCUGGUGGUGACACGGGAGAAGGAGAAUCCGAUCUGCGCCAGAAGACAAUUGAAGAUGGUCUUGUAGCUCUUUUCACCCACAAAGUACCGACUAUGAAUACAGCGGAUGCUGAGACCCUGAGUCAGCGCGUCGUCAAAUCCAUGUUUGAUGCCGGGAUUCUUGUGCCUGAAGAGGAAUGGGUCAAAUUUGGCCAAGGAACGCUGUCUGGUGUAUUAUGGCAGCUUACUGGUUCCGGUUGCUAUUCUCCAAAGGUUCAUGAGCAUCAGAUCCACGGCCGUUGUUACUCGCAUCACUGUACACGUACGCUGAAGAAGAUUAAUCUUCAAUCACACAUCCUGGAGCCAUCGAGGAAAUCGGAAGACUGGGUCACGUUUUUCAAGCUGACUAAGGAGAUGAUUGAAGGGUCAUCAAAGAAAGAAAUCGAACGUCAGAACAACUUGCACGAGAUUGUCAUGUCGGAAGAUAUAUAUAUGGACCAGAUCAAUGUGCUCCGCGUUCUGUACAGAGACGAUUUGGCGUCAUGGCAGCCUCCAAUCAUUGCGAAGAAUAAGGUUGCGAAGUUCAUCGGGUCUGUGUUUGGGAAGAUCGAGGCCAUCAAGGAAGUCAACGAGAAUUAUCUCUUGGCUCAAUUGAAGUACCGACAGAAGGAACAAGGCCCCUGGAUCAUUGGUUUCAGCGACAUCUUCAGAGAGUGGAUUCGAAAGGCAAGGGCUGCCUACGUAGAAUAUGCUGCUGGAUUUCCCUAUGCCACCUACCUGGUCCGAAGGGAAGCAGAUAAGAAUCUACUCUUCCGACAAUUUCUGGACCAGGCUCGAGAUAACAAGCUUUCUGGCCGUCUGGAUUGGAACACCUAUCUGAAGGCACCUAUCACUCGCUUGCAAAGAUAUACUCUCCUCCUUGGUACAGUCUUGAAGAACAUGACACAGGAUACGGAAGAGAAAGCCACUCUUGCAACUGCUAUUGAGGAGAUCAAAGCGGUCACACUUGAGUGUGACGCCAAAGUUGAUGAGCAAUCCAAGAAAGUCGAGAUGAUCGAACUGCAAUCGAAGCUCUACCUCAGACCUGGCAUGGAACGUGUUGAACUUAACCUGGAUCAUCUUGGCCGCGAACUUAUCUUCCAAGGAGAUCUGCAACGUGCUGGUGCCAAUCGCUUUGCAUGGUUGGAAACCCAUGCCAUUCUGUUUGAUCACUACUUCGUCUUGGCGAAGACGGUUGCGAAGCCGGACAGUGCUGGUGGGCGGAAGAAGGAGGUUUAUGAUGUUUCGAAACUUCCAAUCCCCAUGCAACUUCUCGUCCUCGAGAGUACAAAUGAUGAUCCAGUCGUCAAGUCUUCAGUCAAGGGUAUUGGAGCUGUCACAACAGUCACCAAGACUGCAGGCUCUGAGUCAAGACUGAACCUGAACCGAGCGGCCACUGGCAGCAUGGAGCGAGCCAACACACUGGAGCAUACCAACUCCAACCAAUCCAUCACGACUGUCAACUCUGUCACGAGGCUUGCACCUAGCACAACCAAUGAGAGCGAGAGUAGAUCCAUGUAUCCAUUCAGAGUCAAGCAUCUGGGCAAGACCGAGGUGUACACUCUCUACGCACCCACUGCUCAAAAUCGACAAGACUGGUGUGACAAGAUCCUGGAAGCAAAGACCCGAUAUGCAGCAUCUCUAUUCGAGCAGAAUGCCGAGCCAUUCCGGAUGCGUGUUAUGGCGGAUAGUGCUUUUGCAUAUGAUAUCUCAUCAGCAGUCUCCCAAAGAAGUGUUGUGUCAGUCAAGGGCACUCCUCUAGAAAGAGCAAUUCGGGAAAUGGAGAGGUCAUAUACUGCACCUCGACCUGGUCCGGUCUGCCGAGCUCAAGUCAACUGUGCAACUGCAUUCAACUGUUUCGGAAAGUCAAUGGUGGCUAUUGGAACAGAUUAUGGUGUUUAUACCUCUGAGGCAUCGAAUCCUCGAGGGUGGACAAGGUCCAUUCAAAUGAAUCGAGUCACACAGAUCGCUGUUCUGGAGGAGUUCUCACUCUGCCUAAUCAUUGCCGACAAGGCAUUAAUAGCGUACCAUCUCGAUGUCAUUGUACCAAUUUCUAAUUUCCCUGCACCACACGAUACUGCCCGCCGCGCACCGCAAAAGCUAUCCGGAACCAGGGAUGUAUCUUUCUUCGCCACAGCACGCAUGAAGGAUCGCACUUUGGUCUUCUACAAGAAGCGUGAAGGACUUCACUCAACUUUCAAAGUCUUAGAACCCGUGUUCCAGAAGUCCUCGGAAAAGAAGAGCCGCUUAUUCGGCAAGAAAUUUGGAGGUGGUAAUACUGAAUUCUUCCGCGAGUUCGACGAGUUCUACAUCCCAACCGAAUGCUUCACCAUUAACCUGUUCCACACCUACAUUGCCAUUUCCACCCUUAAAGGCUUCGAACUCAUGACCCUUGACAAGAAAGUCCCUAUGAGUAUUCCUGACACCAAGAACCCCGCUAUAGGCAACAUCGCCAACCGUCUCAACGGCCAGAAACCGCUCGGCAUGUUCCGCCUCUCCGAUGCAGAGUUUCUUCUCUGCUACGAGGAAUGUGGCGUUUACGUCGACAAGCAUGGCGAGGUUUCCCGCUCGGUCAUCAUGGAGUUUGUUGGUAAAGCUCAGAAGGCAGCCAUGUAUGGGGCAUACCUCGUCCUGUUCGACAGCGAUUUCGUCGAGGUGAGAAAUGCCGAGAAUGGGAGACUCAGACAGGUCAUUGCAGGGAGAGAUGUCAGGUGUUUGGACUAUGGCAUUAAUCCUCUCGGGGCUGGCGGGGCUACAAGUCAUAUGAGCCCGCAGGGUUUCCCUGGUGGUGCGGAGAGGAGGACGCUGAAGUUGGCGAUGGCGCAUCCGGAGAUUAUGGGGCAUCAGAUUGUGAUGGAGAUGGUGCUUAAUGAGGGGCAUUCGGAGUGAGAGGAUCGUUAAUAUUUGGGAUUUGUAAAUUCAGUGGGAUGGUUGAGGGUCAUGACUUCAACGUGUAUGGAAGAAGAAGAAGUGAGGACUUCGCGAAAAUGAAUGCGAAAGCAAGAAAGGGCAUGAAUGCACGAGAUCACGAUCUGGAUACGAUCUAGUCACGGCCUUGCGAUGAGGAUAAGGCAUGGGAAGAGAAGCUUCACGAAGGGUACACAAGAAGGUCUCGGGCAUUGGCAGCACGGGAGGGUUGAUUGACUUCAAGCAAGCAAGCGGGUGUUUUUUGUUAUGAGUAUAUAGCCGUCUUCUUUUUCUGAGCCGUGUGCUUGGCGUGGUGGUAUACUGUUAGGAUUCUGGGGGCAUGGGGUUGGUUUGCUGCAGUUUGGUCAGCAUAUGAAAGAGAGGUGGAGGUGGAGCGAGGCUGGUAGGAUAGUGAGGGUUGGAUGGAUACCAAGAGAGAUGAGGAUGUGGUAAUGAGAACGAAAGAAGCGAUUUGAGAGAUGAAAGACGAACGAUGUGCAUUUGGCCGUUUCUAUUUUUGGGAUUGAGUGAUGCUGGCUGGUUCUUUGAUGAUGGCUUUGGUGACGAUGACGAUCUGGCAUAAGGAGAGGAAAUCCUGUCUUUCCUGUUUUCCUGCAAGGCGUUUGGGCGGUUUCGCUGGCUGGAUGGCACGGGUAUGAGAGAAGAAGGAAGUAGAUAGAAUCAUGUGUACGAUUGUCAAGGAAGAUAUAUUUUCAGUCAAGAAUUCGGGUUCUGGUUCAGGUGAUGACUUUUCGGAGCGCGGAGGACUGUGAGAGAGGUACAUAAUGAUGAAAUUGAGGUACCUAGGUAUGCCAUACGAUUAGCAUCAACAUUUGACUUGGAGAUGAGAUGAGAGUUGAUUGGUGGCGUUAGAUGAUAUACAUUGAAGAACAUUGGACAAAUAUUGAAAUGAUUUUACAGAAC